GACGUCAGCACAAUCGAGUCUCCCACAACUUUCCCCUCCAGAUUUCGACAACCUUGAGAGAAUAUAACAAAAUAUACCUCCUCCCUCCAACUUCACCACCACAACGUCCAACAUGGCCGACGCUCUCACUGAGGAUCAGGUUUCCGAGUUCAAAGAGGCUUUCUCUCUGUUUGACAAAGAUGGCGAUGGACAAAUCACCACCAAGGAGCUUGGAACUGUCAUGAGAUCCCUGGGCCAGAACCCAUCGGAGUCUGAGCUGCAGGACAUGAUCAACGAGGUUGACGCCGACAACAACGGCACCAUCGACUUCCCAGAGUUCCUGACGAUGAUGGCAAGAAAGAUGAAGGAUACCGAUUCCGAGGAUGAGAUCCGUGAGGCUUUCAAGGUCUUCGAUCGUGAUAACAACGGUUUCAUCUCCGCUGCCGAGCUUCGCCAUGUCAUGACAUCUAUUGGCGAGAAGUUGACCGAUGAGGAGGUUGAUGAGAUGAUCCGCGAGGCUGACCAGGACGGUGACGGACGUAUUGAUUACAACGAGUUCGUCCAGCUUAUGAUGCAAAAGUAAACGCUGUUCAUACGCCUGUCGCGCUUACAUUACGGGAACGAGAACUGGUUCUUUUCUGGCAGCAAGGGAAGUCGAGCAAUCAUAGCAAUGUUGGUUUCUUUGGCACUCUAGGUAGUAUCGCGACAAGAUCUUUAUACCAAACCUCGUGAUAUCCGCGUUGGAUCUCUCUAAAUCCUCAAUUCCAGUGACCCUAGGAGUACCCUUGUGCGUGAAGACCCC